AUGUACGGAGAACUGGGCAACAAAUUGGUGCAACAUGCAAAGCGAACCCAAUCCCUCGCCCAUCUCCCACCCUACCAGACCGAAAUUGUCCGCGCCGUGACUCGAGAGGUGCGGGAUCUGGACCGCGAUGUGACUCGCAUGCUUGAGCCCUUCGAGGGCGCAUUCAACCCGUCGGCCGACCCAGCCAUCGCAUGUUCCCUCCUAGUCGACCACCUAUGCAUGCGUCGAAACAAGCGCUGCCUACUGGCGUACCACCGCGUCCGAACCGAGAAACUCGAGGAACUCUGCUGGACCGGCGUCGACGUUCUGGAACAGCAACAGCCCAACGAUGCGUCCGAAGACCGGGGUCCAGGACAGUCUGGUGGCGGGCACAGCUCGCUAAGCCCCGAGGAAGAGGAAUACUUCCGGCAAUACGGCGACAUGCUGGCCGCAUAUAAAGGUCAAUGGACCGAUGUCGAUCUUACGGGAACACUGGAGCCGCCGAAGGAUCUAUUCAUUGACGUACGCGUGCUGAAAGAUGCCGGAGAGAUCCAGACGGAGUACGGGGUGAUCAACCUCACGAAAAACAGUCAACUCUAUGUUCGACAGGGAGAUGUCGAGCGACUAAUUGCACAGGGAUUCCUCGAGCGGUUGAGCUGA